UCUAGGAACAUUUUGUUGUUUAGUUGGGGAUUUGGUGUUUGGGGGGCUUGUUGAAAGGCGAAUGCCCAGCGAAGAUCUUCAUUUUUCAGGCACUAUGGCGCCAAAUAUCAGUAUCUACUUUUAUGUAAAUAUAUUAUCGAUUUGGAAUGUUUGGAAAUCAAAAAACGCGCUCACGUUAUACGGUCGUGGGUGUAAUUAAUUGAAUGACAGCCAGGAAUCGUUGGAACGCUUCAGAGUGAGUACUGCUGAGAUCUCUAAUGAGGACAUGUUGGUUAUCCUGUGACAGAUACGCACUUUGCGGAAUAAAAGAAUUUGCUUUUCCUGCAUCCCGGCACGGUUUCGCGUGCACUUUUCUGUGAAAUCACGUGUACAUUGGCCGCGCGCGCGAAAAUCUAUUCCUCUAAUAGAUCAAUAAUAAGGUAUUUAAUGGAGGAUGAUUUCCGUCUGUGUGUGAUUUUUGUGUGUGCGAUGGUGCUGCUAUCUCGAUUGUCAAUGUUGUCGAACAUCAGGAGCAGCAGCGCAGCGUAAUGGCAUUUUCUCCCGUGCGAACCCAGUUUUCCUACAAUUUUCGACUAUUGUUCGCGUCAGUGUUUAUUCGAUAAUAUAAUAAUUUAUCGAGGUUUAAUCGUCUUGUGCUUAUAGUGAAUUCGCAAAAUCCCCAAAAACGCAUACUAUGGCUCUCAACUCAAUGUUUACAUGUUCUCUAGGAUGGGAGCAACCUUCCACGAUUUUUCCCGAUCUUGCGAUUCCUCGCCGAUCCUAAACGUUCACACGUUAAAUAAUAUCCGAUAUUCAUCUCCUGGACGAAGCGUGUCAUUGUGUUUUUGUCGCGGAUCACUGUUUUUUAUAACCUCUACCCCUUCCUUUGCAACUUAGACACACCAGCAGUGCAAUUUUGUCUUCGGAUCACUUCCCAGGAUCACAUUUUCACCGGCUAUUUUCAUCCUCUGCAUGGACUCCGAUGACGCACGCACGUGAAUUUCAUCCAAUGGUGAUUCUUCUACCCUAUGGGUUCCGAAGGAUUUUUGUGUUCCAGAUAAUAAAUAUCUAGACAGCUAUGUAGAUGCGCACGGCUCUUUUGCAUGUGCCGCAUACCACUAGCUCAAUUGGUAUAGUAGAAUGGCACAACGAGGCAAGAGAAUUAAUAGAAACGAUAAUGACUCGGCUUCUGGCCCGGGUGCGGUUAAGAGAAGAAAAUGCAGAUUGGGUCCAGCAGUUGUGGGCGCUACGCUGUCGGCAAGCGCCCUUGGGCCAUCCGAAGAAGAAGAGACGAUGGCAUCGUCCAGUCAAGGGGGAGCAUCCUGGACCCCCCGACCUCUCAGUGACAUUAAGAUUUCCAGUAUAUAUAAUCGAUCCGCUGCUGAGGCUCCGGCCGAAUUAUUUCGCAAGGAUUUGAUUAGUGCUAUGAAAUUGCCAGACAGUGAACCAUUAAGUUCAAAUGAAUAUUGGGUUAUAACUGAUCAAUGGAAGCAAGAAUGGGAAAGGGGUGUACAGGUGCCCGUUAAUCCGGACUCACUUCCUGAACCCGUGGUCACUGUCAAUCAAACUACAUCUACGAACAAAUCCACUGGCGAAUUCAAAUUGCCAAAAAAGUUUAUAAGAAUAUCUCGGGAUGAUUAUUUCAGUACCGAGGAGCAUCAUUUGAGCAAUACACCAGCACGAGCAGAGAAAGCUUGUGCUUAUGAUCUCGAUGAUACUGACAUUGCGUGGCUCGAUCUUUUAAAUGGAGAACGAGCACUGGCUGGUCAACCUCCGGUUUCGGAAGCACAACUCGAGAGAGUAAUAGAGGAACUUGAAAUUCGAUGCUGGGAGAGGAUACAAACAAUAGUCAAAAAUGAAGAAGGUCUCGGCAUUGAAUUUGAUGAGAAUGUCAUUUGCGAUGUUUGUAGAUCGCCCGACUCCGAAGAGGGAAACGAAAUGGUCUUCUGCGAUUUUUGUAAUAUUUGCGUACACCAGGCAUGUUAUGGAAUCACUUCGAUUCCCGAUGGCUCCUGGUUAUGUAGAACAUGUUCCUUGGGACAACGUCCGGAAUGUGUUUUAUGUCCAAAUAAGGGCGGUGCAAUGAAAUGUACGCGAACUGGCCAAAAAUGGGCGCAUGUUUCCUGUGCCCUUUGGAUCCCAGAAGUUAGCAUUGGUUGCGUUGAAAGAAUGGAGCCAAUUACUAAAAUAUCUAGUAUUCCGCCAAGUCGAUGGGGUCUCGUUUGUGUAUUGUGUCGUGAACGCGUUGGGGCCUGCAUUCAGUGCAGUAUAAAAACAUGCAAAACUGCGUAUCACGUGACUUGUGCUUUUAAGCACGGUCUCGAGAUGAAGGCCAUCAUCGAAGACGAAAUGGCAGAUGAUGGUGUCAAAUUGAGGUCGUACUGUCAAAAGCACAGCAGAACGAAUACGAAAGAUAAAGUAGGCGUCGGAGGAGGAGGAGGAGGUGGUGGAGGCGGUGGUGGCGGAGGCGCAGGUGUUGGAAACAGUAGCACUAAAGGCAAUUCCGAUUCUGAAGAUGGCGAAUCCAGAAAACGAAAACGCAAAGACAUGACAUCUGAGGAGAAAAAUCAGGCACGCGCGGCAAAAUUACAAGAAAUUGAAGCCGAGUUUGAUAAGCACGUUAGUUUAAAAGAUGUGACAUGUCAACAAUUGGAUGUAGAUCAAGACACAGUUGUCUACAUUUACAAUUAUUGGAAAUUGAAAAGAAGAGCUGGCAAUAAUAAACCACUUUUGGCACUGCGAUGCGGUGAACUCUCUGGCGCGGGAACACGAGCUCAAGGUCAAGCUGCAGACAUAGAGAAAAUGAAAACAUUUGUACAGUUGCGACAAGACCUUGAACGUGUGAGAAAUCUCUGUUAUAUGGUUAGUAGACGAGAAAAAUUAUGGCGAUCAAUGUUGAAAUUACGUGAGCAGACCUUCCAUAAACAAAAAACAAUUAUGGAAGGUCCAGCAUUACCACCAGCGACAGUUGAAGCAGUAUUGUCAGCAAAUCACGGCCCUUCCAUUUACGAUCGUCUUUAUUCACAUUCAGAAGUCGAAAAUUAUCCGCGAAACAUUGAGUCACUCCUUCUCAGGAUAUCGGGUGCAGAAUCGCCCACGCCUACAUCCAGUGAUGAGAAGAAAGUGCAACCCGAUUUUAAUGGUGCGUCAAAUAAGAAACUUUACUUUAAUGGCACCGUGAAAAGAAAGAGUUUAUACGGUAGUGAUAUGUCAUCGAUAAGCAGUAGUGAAACGGACAUAAAACCGCAAAUAAAAUCCCCCUCAAAAUCACCUGGAAAAUCGCCUGCAAAAUUAACAACUAAAGCCACAAGCAAAUCAAAACCACUGAAACUCAAACAGGAAACUGACUCGAGUACGGAGGAGGAAGCUGUCGCCUCUACCAAGUCGAAAGCCGUCAGAAGAAAGGCCAAGAAGACUGGUGCUCCGGAUCGACCGAGAAAAUCAAUUCGCGACAAAACCACAACAAGGUCACGUACAUUGCAGCACAUGGAACGUGAACUCGACAGUGCAUCCGGAAGUGACAGUGACGAACUGGUUCUCCUCAGUAAUGCGAAUACAGCCGCGAGACUUGGUCCAACUUCCGUUGCGGCAAUAUACUCCGACACUGAUUCAAAUUCCCAGGAACCAACUUCGCAUUCCAAUGUUCUCAUCACAAAAGCCGCUGUUAAAGAAUUUUCAGCAGCCGAUCUCUCCAAGAAUUCGCAAAAGUCAUUCGCUGGCAAGGAAACACGACCGGAACCAGAGGAGGAAGGACUGAAAAAUAAAGAGAAUCUAAAGACUGCCAAGAAGAAGGAGUGUCUACCAUCGGCUCUCAUUGUUCCUCAGCGACAAGCUGCAAAGAAAGCGUCCGAAAUUAUGCAACGCUCGCAGAACAAGAAGGAAGUGACAGCAGAAAAUGUCGAGGCAAUUAAAUCGCCACCGGAGGAGAAAACACCAAAACCAAUCAAGGAAAAGAAAGAGACAGUCAAGAAGCAAAAGGACAUCAAGAGUCAAACUGGCAAGGACGCCAAAAACAACGACAUUUACGAUUUCGAUAAAGAAUUUGGUGACGGCUCAGAGAUCCUUGCCUACGUUCCUCAACGUCAAGCGGCAAAGAAAGCUGCCGAACAUAUCAAGAGUGGAAUGGGCUCAAAAGCCCCACCGCAAACCGAAAACGAAACACCGGAACUCAAAGCAAAGAAAGAUUCACCCGAUUCUAAGAAGAAGGAAAUCAAGAAGGACGAGAAGGAAGUUGUUUCUCCAAAGAAAGAGGAAUCGCCCAAGAAGCCCAAGAAGAUUGUACAAGAAAGUAAAGCCCUCUCGGUACACUCGAGUAACAGUAACAGCGAGAGUAGCACGAGCAGCAGUUGUAGCAGUUCCUCCGACAGUAGCAGCGAUUCCGACGACGAUGGAAAUUCAUCAUCCAAAGAUCAAGCAGCCUCGACGAGCACAUCGUCUGAAAGUGAUUCAGGACAGCAGAAAACUAAAACACCAGUUAAACGACCAACAAACAAAUCUCUUGAUUCCUCUGAUGCUGACAAGAAGGCAGCGCAGUUGGUGGGGCGGAAACUCAAAAAGCUGCCCGAUAAGAAGCUUAAAACUUCCGACGGGCGGCGUGGAACCGAGUUUCAGCCGCCGCCUACUGAGAGAGAGGAAUCAUGCAGAACCGCGUUGUUCAAAGAGCAACCAACUGGCAAAAAGCAAGCAGAACAAAGAGACGUCAUCAAAAAGCCCUUUCUUGUAUCAGACCAACAACAACAACAACAGCACCACCACCAACAACACGAAGAGCAGCAUCAAUCUUCUUCAGCAGCAUCAUCAUCUAACCAAAGUGUGCACAGUCGGUCUCGAGAUAAUGAUGGGCCAAGAAAUCUAUCUGGGGGCAAAUCUACAAAAAAGCCAACACCACCAGCCAAGCAAGCCCAACAAACCACUCCCAGGAGUAAAGAGGAAACUCCCGGAGACAAAGCCAAACUUGAAGCACGAAAGCGAAAAUCAAGUGAAAAUACCCAGAAAGAGGAGAAGAAUAUCAAAGAGGCGUCUCUGGUCAAGAAACCUGAAAAGAGGCUGAACGACAAACACCAAAAGAAACCCGACGAUGACAAAGAGAAACUACGAACCGAAAAGGAGAAAUUAAUCCGAACCGAGAAGGAGAAAUCCCAAAAAUCCGACAAGGUUCUCCUUGCCAAGGUCAAGGUUGACAAGGAAAAGGAGAAACCACCAAGGGACAAAGAAACAAGAAAAACGGAUAGAGAACGUACCCUCUCAGAACGGGAAAAGAGUUUAGAAAAGUUGUCCGAAAAAUCAAAAGAAGAAGAGAAGGAAAGGGAGAAAGAGAAGGAGAAGGAGAAAGAAAAGGAAAAGGAGAAAGAGAAAAUGAAGGAACUUCAAAAGGAAAAGGAGAAACUCAAAGAAAAGGAGAAGUUAAAAGAGAAAGAAAAGACCAAGGAGAAAGAGAAAGUCAAAGCAGAUCAGGAGGCGACGAAAUCAACCAAAACUGAAACACUCCAAUCACCGAAAGUCGACGACAAACGAAAGAAAUUCGGUAGUAAGAACGCAAUAAAUAUUCUCGAGGAGGAAAUAAAGCAGAGAAAAGCCGAGAGAGACAGUCCCAAGAAAUCGUCGAAAGGUCUAGAGAAACUUCUCGAAAAACGUGAACAUCUCGAUAUGUUGUCGAGAACCCGUGACACAACAAAACACAAAACCCUUCAAGAAAGUCUAAACAAACUUCACGAAAAACACGAACUUGAAGUACUCAUCAAGAGUAAAGAACUCGCCAAACAGAAGGAACCACCAGAAACAGAAGAGAAGCAACAAAAAUCAAAAUCAGUCUCAAAUCUCCAAUUGAAGGAACACGAUAAUGAUGAUGAUGAAGGACGGAAAAAUAACGCCAGAAAAUCAAAUACAGUGUUCAGCAAGGAAGAAGAUUCGACUAAACCAGAAAUCGAAAGAUCGAGCGAUCGUCGAGUGAUCGAAAUAGUGAAUAUUCAACACGAGAGCGAUACACGACAGAAGGAGGAAACAAAAGAAGUUCUACCGAGCGAAAAUCUCUUCUCAUCAAAUCUCUCAAAACCAACAACCGAGAAAUUUGGCGCUAAUGAGAUUAUCGAGAAGGAAACGAUCAAACGAAGAAGAUCCAUUCAGCGCUCAAUAUUCUCCCCACAACACGGAAGCAAAGAUCCAAGUGUCUCGGAAUUAUUCGACUUUGACCAGGAUCUCCUCACCGACGACAUGGUCAACGACGACGGUUUUGGUAUACACCGCGACGUCGAGGAACGUUCAGCUCCACUGUCAUUCUCCUUCCCCAACGAAUUAUGGUUCAAGGAAGACUCCAAGGAGGACAGUGCUAGGGAAACACUGCAUCUCGUCGAGAAACUUCGCAUGGAACUCAACAAAAAAUCCAACACCAAUCAAUCCGAAGUUGAACCACCAUCGAGCGACGAUAAUCUCAAGAAAGAAGACCGCCUUCCCGAGAGUGCAAAGAAUCACCUCCCAGAGACCAAAAUCACCGAGGAACCAUCACGAGUCUACGAAAUCAAGACCAAUGACACUCAAAGAACCGACGAUCUCACGUACAAGAAUCACAGUUUCGAGAAUAAACAGAAACCCUGCUAUGGAAACAGUGGCGAGCAAACGUACGAUCCAUACAGUAAUGAAACUCUCGAGAGUGGAAAGGUGACAGUCGCCGAGAGGUCGAAAUUGGACCGUGCCGAGGCAGACGAACGAUGGGUACCGCCCAGUAUGGAGACAUUCAAUCCCAACGACGUCCAACACAUGAACGCCUUGAUGGAGAAUCAAAAUCAUCGCUACACUCAUCAAUUCCCGAACGAUAUCGCAGCCGUUAUGUCGGAGACAAAUGUCGAGAGUUUGGCCCACUCGCAGCUAAAUAUGAAUAUUCAGGAGCAAUAUCAACUUCUUCAGCAGACACAGGCACUGGUGCGAGGUCAACAGCAUUUGGAGAGUCACGGCGACGGGAGAAUGUCGCAAGUGCCGAUGUUGGAUCAGCCGAUAGCGGGUCAAAUGGUCGACGACAUCACGCCCAUGGAAAUGGUGAACAGACACUUGAUCAGUCUGCCGAAUGUUGUUGGCGAUCAAGGGAACGAAAUGGACCACAGUCUGGAGAAGGAGGACCUGGAUCCCAGGCAGGACUACACGCAGAAUGGUUCGCCCUACAAUGACAUCAGUGUGACUAGGCAGGACACCCGCUGGGCAGAGAGUCAGGUUCUACCCUCGCGAAGGUCGACGUCUUCUUCCAUUACUUCCGCCUCGUCGGCCGAGGAGCACUCCUCAAUUCCACCGUACAAAAGCGUGCCACCCAUGUCGUUCCCUCCAUGCAACAUCGACGCUGGACCCUAUCAUUCGUACUCGGAGACUGGGGCUUCUUAUCCCGGUGCUGUCUCACUAUUCCCGCCUCAGAACUGUCCGGGACCACUUCCUUAUCCUUCACCAGGAGAGUUUUGCUUCUCAGGAAUGUUUCCUCCACCGUUUGGAGCGCCAUUUCCAACGGCUCCAACAUUACUUCCCCAUGUACCGAAGCCUCUAGAGGACUCGCUCAAUCUCCAGGCGUCACCGUGCACAGCUGCAUUCACAUCCUCAUCUCACAAUAUGGCAUUAACUGCAGCUAUGGUUUCACCGACGAAAAUUUCCACACCACCACCUCCGCAUCAACUUCAAGUACCACUUCCAUCGUCCGAACCCGAUCAGCACGUCCCCCAGGAUCUUGAGCCCCAAGGCAGUUCACCGGCAAUGCCCAUCUCAUUCCUCAACAACGUUCCCGACGUUCACGUCGCCGAAUCUCAUCCGCAAGAACCACAGGAACCUCAAGUACCUGAACAAGUACCAGAACCCCAACUACCAGAAUCGAUAGUAACACCCGAAACUCGCUUAUCUGAAGUUGUCGGCGAAGAAACGGACGUCAAGAUCUCAUCUCAAAUCGGUAAAAAAUCACCAUCGAAACCCACGAGGACAUCGGCUAGAGUCACAUCCUUACAGGCGAAAUCACCGGGUAAAUCCCCACGACAGGAAGUCGCCAAACCACAAAGCGCAUCACGAAGUCGUGGACGCACUGCGAAAAAUUCCCAUCAAACGAAUUACCGAGGCCGUGGUCGUGGACGAGGCAGAGGCAGAGGUCGAAACAAUCACACUUCACUCGCGUCACUAUCACACCACCACAGUGACGAUGGAAUUCAGAACAAACUCGUCGGCACCGUCUACGACUUCGACUCCGACGAGGACUCGCCAAGUGAGGCGAACAUCGCCGACCUGCGAACAAUGCGCGAGAGAAAGAAAUCAACCGAAGUGAGUGAGAAACGUGACAGUAUGAGUGUGGCGAGCGAUGGAAUGCAAUCACGUCUCUCCAGUCCCGGUGUUCACAAGAAAUACGACGACAAAGUACUCACGCCGCCUUCAACACACAGCGAUUCGGUAAUCACCGAGUCGGAAACAUCAGGACAGACAUUCACAAAUGCUGUCUUCCCGGUCAUGCCCGGUCCAGUCGAUAUGCGAACGUACUCAACAUUCGACGGACAAGUGCAGUCGUCCUACACGAAUCAUUUGCUCGGCUCAUUCGUCACCGGCUCGGCAGAUCCAUCGAUUGCCGACAUUGAAGAUCUUGACAAGAGUCUCAACUCGUCGAUGCAAGAGCAAAUCAGUGAAUUGUGCUUGAAACCGAAUGUGAACAGUCCAUUGGUGAUCACUUCGCCCAAUGCUGGCGACACCACCAACAAGGUUUCAUUGACCGAUUCGCGAAAUCAGUUGAAGGUGAAAAUUAAGGGACCUUUCUUGGAUGCCAAUUAUGUGCCGACCGCCGCCGUUCCUCCUUUGGCUCAGCAGGCGCCUGUUAUCAUUCCGCCAACGGCCACCAGUGCUUCCGUUGCGUCUGGCACUUCGAAUCUUCGACGGAUGCGAAAGAAGGAACUCCUCAGACAAUAUUGCUCGCAGGAUAUGAACAUGGACGAUCAGAGGAACGUGGCGUCGGCUCCAAUAGCAACUCCACCAGUGAGUCGAACUGGCAUCACAAUUCCAAAGGCGGUGACUUCAAUGACCAGCAUUCCAACACGAGAGGACUACAAGGCCGUUGUCGACGCAAAUAUGGAAAAGAAACGAAGAAAAGAACGCGGCGGCUUCCUCGAUCCACCGGACGACGAUCUCGAGAGACGACGAAGUUCCGUUCAAUCAGGCGCCGUCGAUCGUCGCCGAGGCAGACAAACAAGACCCUCAACUGCCUUCUCGCCCAACAGUGGACCACCGAAACUAAAAAUCAAAAUCGGCAACAGCAUCAUUGGUCCCGAUCCAACGAAUCUACAGGACGACAAUCGCAUCCGACCGCCAAAGAAACGUCUCAGUAACAUUCCCAGUAAGCCAAGUAUGGAGGACCUGAAACGCGAGAGCAUGAAAUAUCGACGCCUAGUAAUGGCCGAUUUUCACAGCGAGGAACAGCCAAAGGUCAAAAGUAAAAAGGACAAAAACGGCAAGCGAAAGAAGCGACAAAAUAAAAAAGACUGUCGCGCCCAACUCGUCGAGGACGGCGGUGUUGCGCCGCCAAAAAUUAUAAUUCGCCUCGGCAAAAGUAGUAAAACCUCCACAACCACCACCAAUGAUGAGAGCGAAUUGAAACUCGACGAGCAAGCAAGUUGCAGCGAUAAUACAAGAGUCGAACCGCCACCUCCACUCGAAUCAACAAACGAAGAGACAACCUAUCCCCCAAUUGAUGUACAAUCAAACGAAAAACAAUUAUUAUCAACGGAUCCAGGCGCUGGACCCGCAACAAUCGGUAACGUACGUUCAGCAAAAGUGACACCCAUUAGAUUAAAACUGACACGCUGUCAUGAGGGCUACGAACUAAAAGCGCCAGCGGCGAGCAGUGCCAACAAGGACACCGCGACAAUUCCAUCGGAAACUGGAACAACAACAACAACAACAAAAACCACUGAAACAAAGUCCGAAUUAACGACCACUAAUGUCCAGGAUACGACGGAGAAAUCUUCCAAAGAGGACGAUAUUCCCCUUUUAAACGAAAACGUCACUCUCAAUACGUCAGGCUGUCCACCUGCACCGCUCCCGCAAGGAUGCCAAGUUAGGUGAUAAUUAAUGAUACUUGUAUAAUAUAGUAAUUAACGGUUCUUAUUAGAAAUUAUCCAAUAUCAAUAUAUAAAUAU